AUGUUAUUGUCCCUCUGGAGUAAGCGGACAGUUGGAGCUGUUACUAUUGCCGCGACACCUGUAGCUCUGACAGCCAUUGGUUUCACGGCGGCUGGCAUCUCGGCAGGCUCUGUCGCCACCAGCAUGAUGUCAGCGGCCGCUUUCUUAAAUGGAGGUGGAGUCGCAGCCGGGAGCUUAGUGGCUGUGCUCCAGUCUGCAGGAGCAGUUGGGUUGUCUGCAGCAGGUGCACCGUGGGAACUGCAGUAUAACAACUGA